CAGAGACUGUUUUUCUCUUUUGAUAUUUUUCUACACUUAACAUAAGGUUUUUGGGGUCAAAAGAAAAAAUGGCCACUUCAACAAGUUCAAAACUGAGCAAAGCUGUGAAACAUCAGUACAUGGAGCUCCCUCAAGGAGACAAAGUCCAAGCCAUGUACAUCUGGAUUGAUGGAUCAGGAGAGGGACUGCGCUGCAAGACCAGAACACUGGAUUCUGAACCCAAGACGAUUGAGGAUCUUCCCGAGUGGAACUUCGACGGCUCCAGCACCUACCAGUCAGAGGGCUCCAACAGUGACAUGUUCCUAAUACCUGCAGCCAUGUUCAGGGACCCGUUCAGGAAAGACCCCAACAAGCUGGUGCUCUGUGAAGUGCUCAAGUACAACCGAAAACCAGCAGAGACCAAUCUGCGCCGUACCUGUAAACAGAUCAUGAGCAUGGUAGAGAAUAACCACCCAUGGUUUGGUAUGGAACAGGAGUACACUCUCCUGGGCACAGACGGACAUCCCUUCGGCUGGCCCUCCAACGGCUUCCCAGGUCCUCAAGGUCCUUAUUACUGUGGAGUGGGAGCAGAUAAGGCGUACGGACGAGAUGUAGUUGAGGCACACUACCGAGCCUGUCUGUAUGCUGGGGUUGAUAUCUGUGGCACCAAUGCUGAAGUCAUGCCAGCUCAGUGGGAGUUCCAGGUUGGGCCUUGUGAAGGUGUCAACAUGGGGGACCAUCUGUGGGUUGCUCGCUUCAUCCUUCACAGAGUUUGUGAGGAUUUUGGCGUGGUGGUAUCCUUCGACCCUAAACCAAUCUCAGGGAACUGGAACGGUGCUGGCUGCCACACUAACUUCAGCACAAAGGAGAUGCGAGAGGAUGGUGGACUGAAAAUCAUCGAGGAGUCAAUCGAGAGGUUGGCGAAGAGACACAGGUACCACAUCCGGGCCUACGAUCCCAAAGGCGGGCUUGACAACGCCAGGCGUCUGACCGGUCGUCAUGAAACGUCAAACAUCGAUGAAUUCUCUGCCGGCGUGGCCAACCGUGGCGCCAGCAUCCGCAUCCCUCGCGCAGUGGGCCAGGACAAGAAGGGUUACUUCGAGGACCGCCGUCCGUCUGCCAACUGCGACCCUUACAUCGUCACAGAAGCUCUAGUGCGCACAUGUUUACUCAAAGAAGAGGGAGAUGAGCCAACAGAUUACAGCAAAUGAACAGUCUCAGAAGAAGUUACUAGUACUACAUUUAGCCUUGUCUGUUCCAAGCGACAGAUGGAUUGAUCUGUAACUUUUUGUUAAAAAAAAGUUUUUUACUUGACAGAUGAAACAGUGAUUGGUGUUUUUUACCUCUUGACACGAACACUGCCUUUUUGUCAACAAAAGCGCAUUUCGUCAUGGUAUCACAGUAGUUGAUGAUUUGUAUAAAAUUGCAUUCUUGUAAUAUGUUUAACAUGUACUAAAACCGUCAGUGAGAGCAGCAACAGUUAGCUGCUAAUCUUGUAACUGUGACCCAAAGGAUCCCAAAGGCAUUUGAAUGUUUUUAGCAGUCUUGGCCUGACUUUCACAAUGAUGGUUUUAUCAUGUUGUGGAUGGAUGAGGUCAUUAUGUAAGCCUGUCUACUUUUGUAUGUUUUCUGUUUAACAAUGCAUGUCUGUUUUUUCUGUUUUUUUUUCACUUGUAAUUGCCACUUGCAAAAGACAUCUUUAAUAAACAGCUAACA